AUGUUACAGGAAGCGUUGCGGCAUGAAAUAAUCGAACCAGUUCUGCUUACAAAGCGACAAGAGAUGGUGAAGCUCACAACCAAAGAGCAAUUUAUCUUUACCCUUGUGAGACUUAGAAGAAACCCAAGUUUGGAAAUGCUGUGUGAUAUAUUUGGCAUUGAUAAAGGAACUGGAAGCAAAAUAUUUAUAACAUGGAUUUUAUUUUUAGAAAAAGAACUGAACUUUCUUUUCCCCUUUUCAACUAGAGAGGAAAUGAUUGGGGUGCCUAAACCAAAAUGCUUCACAAAGAAAUCCCUAAACAAUCUAAGAGCAACUAUAGAUUGUACUGAAUUCUAUGUAGAAAAACCUUGCAAGCCAUCCAGUCAAAGGUCUACGUACAGUCAAUAUAAAUCCUCAAACACAUUUAAAUUACUUAUUUCAAUGUCUCCCAUUUUGCAUGUCAACUUUUUGUCUAAAUUAUACAGUGGCAGUAUCAGUGACAAGGAGAUUGUGAAAGCCAGUGGUUUUCUGGAAAAAUUACAGUCGGGAGAUGCUGUAAUGGCUGAUAAGGGUUUCAACAUACAGGAUUAUCUUGCUCUUCAUGAAACUGUACUUAUUGCACCUCCAGUCAUGAGGAAAAAUAAUGUUUCUGCACUUGCAUCAACUGCUACAAGGCGUGUUGCAACUGCAAGGGUUCAUAUUGAGCGUAUCAUUAAGCAUGUGAAAUCAUUCACUUUUUUGAGUGGAGUUAUUCCACUCACAUGUAAACCAUACAUUAGCUCUGCAGUCACUGUCUGUGCAAUAUUAGUAAAUUUGCAACCAUCAAUUAUAAAUGAAACUUGA